UGCCUGCCUGCCUCUCUCCCAGAGAGAGAAAAAGAGACAUUCAUGAAUGUUGUUAAUAAUUGCCAAAGCGGGGUGGCAGGAAAUGGUUGUAGUGAGUUUCAUGUCAGGGUAGAUCAGUGAGAUUAAAGCCAGCAUCGCUCUAGUUUUAGUUUAGUUUUCAGGCUGUGAAAGAGAAGCAGUGCAGAUAAAAACUCUAUAGAGUUGUUCUCAGUUCCUUAUUGGUACUUUUCCAUCUAGACUUACUCCCACACCAGGCUGUCACCAGUGUUUUAUGUUAAUGUCAGCUUUAGUGUUUCCAUCAGGAGUUCGACACUAAAGACUUGUGGCGAGCAGAAUCAACAACCUCGGCAUCGUUUAAGACUGUUGCAUUUGUGAGAAGGUGUUAAAGUUCACGGUUAGCCAUUGUUAUGUAAAUGCACCCAAGUGGGGCAGCAGUCUAAGGCACUGCAUCUCAGUGCAAGAGGUGUCACUACAGUCCCUGGUUUGAAUCCAGGCUGUAUCACAUCCGGGCCGUGAUUGGGAGUCCCAUAGGGCGGCGCACAAUUGGACCAGCAUUGGCCGGAGUAGGCCGUCAUUGUAAAUAAGAAUUUGUUCUUAACUGACUUGCCUAGUUAAAUAAAGGUUAAAUGUAAAAAUAAAAUGACAGCUGAAAAGUACCCAGGCCCUUGCCUUGGCUCCAAGUCAGAGCAGGUCCACCGGAGCCAUGGCCCAGUGAGACAUGGGUGCCAGCCUGCAUAGAGGGAAACAAAAAAGUCUGAGCCUUUUGGAUAAAACACUGGGUUAAAUUGUCAGUAGAGAGCCUCCAGAGUGGCGAAGUUGUCUAAGGCGUAGCUGUGCCACUAGAGAUCCUGGUUCGAGUCCAGGCUCUGUCACAGCUGAACAGGAGACCCAUGGGUCGGCACACAAUUGGCCCAACGUCGUCCGGGUUAGGGGAGGGUUUGGCCGGCAGGGAUGUUCCUGUACCUUCGCGCACUAGCGACUCCUGUGGCGGGGCGGGCACAGUGCACGCUGGCACGGUCACCAGGUGUACGGUGUUUCCUCCAACACAUUGGUGCAGCUGGCUUCCGGGUUAAGCGGGCAUUGUGUCAAGAAGCAGUGCGGAUUGGCUGGGUUGUGUUUCAGACGACGCACGGCUCUCAACCUUCGCCUCUCCCGAGUCCGCACGGAGUUUCAGCGAUGGGACAGGACUCUUCAACAACCCACAAGAGAACUCCAUCUCCCAUAGUGUACCCCUCAGUGCCCACAGAGAGAAUUAGCCCAAGACCAAUCACUCCCAGUUCUCCAAUACUGCAGAACCCAGAGGUCAUUACUACUGUUACAGUGACAACCACCAUCAUCGAUGACCUUACAUCAGUGCCAGUGGAUAAGUCCAGUGCGGUGACCUCUGUCUUCACGAAGACUGUUUCUCCAUCAGAGAGUUACUGUGUCUCCAACAGAGCCCCAACCUCCAGUGAGGAUCCAGUUGGCGGUGAAGGCACUGAGAAGAGUUCUGCUACAGCCAUAUAUGCGGGUGUAGGUGGGGUGGUAGUAACCGUAUUGCUGGUUGCAGCAUUUGGAGUGCUAAUAUUUGGGAGAAGGAAAUGGAUGCAGCGACUUGAUCUGUCGCCAACACCAGACGAAAUAGUGCAAAUUAAUAUUGUGACAUGAGCCACACUCCUUAGUGCCCUGACGGACAACCAGCAGCCACUUAGAAAAGUCAAAGGUGCAUCAGUCUGAUGGUGGGGGAACAAUGACUUUGGAUUGGACAAGAGGUGAACCAAAAAUGUGUGGCCCAGACCUUGGUGUCUUGUGUGGAAAAUUAAAAUACCUAAAGCACCACCCAAAUGGAUUAAUUUAAGACAUAUUGAUUUAUUUCAUUUAUUCAUUAAUAUCCAUAAACUUUGAGGAUAGAUUCUAAAUUAAUAUGGAAGCAUAUUGAUUAUUUUUAAAAACAAUUAACUACAGUGCAUUCGGAAAGUAUGCAGACCUGUCACGAGAAUUUUCAAUCCCAGUGAUGAUAACUAACAAUUAUUUUAAGCUUUGACCAAUCCCCAAGGUUUGUAAGACCCUGGGUUUAAUAAUAAUUAGACAAAGACUCAGCUUAUGCAAAAGGUCCCUACAGUUUAUUCAGAGAACGUUCUGAAGUCCAUAAUACAAAGACAUCCAUUUUAUAGUUCACUCCCUACUUACGCACAUACAUACUCACGAACAGUAGAUAUCCUACGCACAUACAUACACACAAACAGUAGGUGAGUUGUAUCCACUGUUUAUCACUACCAAGCCGGCAGUUCCAUUCCCCCGAGAUUAGAGGAACCUUGAAAAGGACUCCCUGUCCUAUCAUAAGUUUCUCAGAGUUCUAGCCAGGUCGGGUCAACCACAGUUGAAUUGUUCUCGGUAUUUUCUUAGACACACACACACACAUUUCUCUCCCUCACAUGUCUCUACCAAACCUUAUUGGACUUAUGUUUAGUACUUUAAUCAUUCAUUAUACAUGCCACAUAAACUAAUAAUCACUAAUAAUUACGUUUCAGGGUGGAAUAUUUUAAUCAUUACCUUUAACUUCAUAAGGACAGACGUUCCGCUAGCGGAAUGCCUCACCAAUAUCCAAUGGUAGAGCGUGGCGCGAAAUACAAAUACCUUAAAAAUGCUAUAACUUCAAUUUCUCAAACAUAUGACUAUUUUACACGAUUUUAAAGACAAGACUCUUGUCACGGAUCCUUAAGGGCAGGAGGAAGGGGCAGAGUCAAACGCAGGAGACUUAUGUCCAGUAAUGCCGAAGUUUAUUUACACCGAACACUCGGUGGUCAAAAAGGCACAGGGUGCGCACAAUACCCAAAAGGGAAAACAGGUAAUCCACGAAUGAAAUAUACGCACGGGGCGCAGCCCGGCAAUAAUAAUAAUUCAACAUGUUCCGCUACUGGGAACACACAACAACAGCGUACACAAACACUGCCCGCUGACAUACAAUUAAUCCCGCACAAAAAACGAACCCAAAGGACCAAACUAAAUACCCCCCCCAAUAAUGACAGACAAGAAACAGGUGCGGACCUAGACAGACAAAAACCAAAGAACACAGAAACAUAGAUCGAUGUCAGCUAGUAGACCGGCGACGAUGACCGCCGCCCGACCGAGGAGGGGCGCCAUCUUCUGUGGAUACUGUGACACUCUCGUUAAUCUAACCACAUUGUCCGAUUUCAAAAAGGCUUUACAGCGAAAGCAAAACAUUAGAUUAUGUCAGGAGAGUACCCUGCCAAAAAUAAUCACACAGCCAUUUUCUAAGCAAGGAUAUAUGUCACAAAAACCAAAACCACAGCUAAAUGCAGCACUAACCUUUGAUGAUCUUCAUCAGAUGACACACCUAGGACAUUAAGUUAUACAAUACAUGCAUGUUUUGUUCAAUCAAGUUCAUAUUUAUAUAAAAAAACAGCUUUUUACAUUAGCAUGUGAUGUUCAGAACUAGCAUACCCAUACCUCAUAAUUAGUAUUAGAUAAAUUGGAUUACCUUUGCUGUUCUUCGUCAGAAUGCACUCCCAGGACUUCUACUUCAACAACAAAUGCUGUUUUAGUUCCAAAUAAUCCAUAGUUAUAUUGAAAUAGCUCCGUUUUGUUCGUGCGUUCAGGUCACUAUCCGAAGGGUGAUGCGCGAGCGCAUUUCGUGACAAAAAAUUUCAAAAUAUUCCAUUACCGUACUUCGAAGCAUGUCAAACGCUGUUUAAAAUCAAUUUUUAUGCUAUUUUU